AUGAGUUACAAUCAUUAUAACCAUUCAUUUGACGUAUCAGCUGAGUUGGGUCGAUUAUUACAAUCCAGCGAAAAUUUUGAUGUAAAAAUAACUGUUGGUAGAGACCUUGAUGUUAAAGAAUUUGGGGCUCAUUCAAUUAUUUUGCGUGCUCGGUCUGUUUAUUUUCAAAAAGCACUGUCUAGACAUUGGGCACGUGAAGAACAUGGAGUUUAUAUAUUAACAAAGCCUAAUAUUUCUCCUGAUACUUUUGAUGCUAUCCUCAAAGUUAUUCCAGAGGAUAUCGAUGAACUAGUUUUGCAAUAUCAUUUAAAUCCUGGUACUGUUGACAAAUCUCAAAUUCCACCACCGAGAGCCCUCAGGUUCCGUUAUGAAUAUAUUAACGUGGAUCCACAUAGGAACUCUAAUCGAAGAACGAGAAAAGCUCUUUGUGAAGUACCUUACCGCGAUGAAAAUCGCAAAACCUUGGAUAGUUUUAUUUUCUCAUUGACUAAUCGUGCGAAUCCUGUGUUAAGCAGGGUUGCGUCGAAUACAAAGGAUCAAGCAAUUUUUUGGGACGGAAUGAAAGGACCUUGUUUUGGUGAAACCGAUUUGUUUAUGAAAGCAUCUUCAGAAUCUGCUGAUGCCCCAAUUACUGUUUCAACGACUUAUUCUUCAAUGUCACCAUCAACUUCAAUUCGACAACAUUCUCAAAUUAAUUGGAUUACGAAGCAAAAAAAUUACCAACGUAAAAUUACUGAUACGGAAGUGUUUGACGUUGAAGAAUAUGAAGUUUUCAUACUGGAUAAUCAUUAUCUACAAGCUGUUCGAAUUGUUAAUUUUAUUCUUAGAAGAAGUUUUGAGUUGGCAAGACUAGGAUUUGAGCGUGGUUAUGAGCUUUAUUCUGAAAUACCAAAUGAUAAGUGGAAUAUUAUUUUUGAUGCUUGUAUUGUUCCUAUUCAAUAG